CUCUAACAACAAAAUUAAUCCAUAAAACGAAACCUGUGGAACUCACUAGAAUCUUGUUCAUCACUCUUCCCCCUACUCUGAGAAGUUAAACACAAGCAUCCAUGGCGUUCACUCACUAUCUGCCACCUCUUCAACUCGUCAAACCCUCUCUCAUCUCUCCAAAACCCUCCCUAUUCUUCAACAACCCACCCAUUUCCAUCACCUCUCACUUUUUCAACCCCCCUUCCACACUUCACACCCUCCCUAGCGGGAUCAUCGUUAAGGCUAAACCACAAGAACCUGAAGUUGCUAUAGCUACUGAUUCAUUCACACAAUUCAAGCAUCUUCUUUUGCCUAUUACUGAUAGAAAACCCUAUCUCUCUGAGGGAACUAAACAGGCUAUAGCGACUACCAUUGCCUUAGCUAACAAGUAUGGAGCUGACAUUACAGUUGUAGUUAUCGAUGAACAGCAGAAGGAGUCACUGCCUGAGCAUGAGACCCAACUAUCCAGCAUCCGUUGGCAUUUAUCUGAAGGUGGGUUGAAGGACUAUAAAUUGCUUGAGCGGCUUGGUGAUGGGAGUAAGCCAACAGCAAUAAUUGGCGAUGUUGCUGAUGAACUUAAUUUGGAUUUGGUAGUUAUUAGCAUGGAAGCAAUUCAUACAAAGCAUAUAGAUGCAAAUUUGCUUGCUGAGUUCAUUCCCUGUCCUGUCAUGCUUUUGCCAUUGUAGUUUGCAUUUUGUAGACAGGGAAUGAAUUUUGUUUCAUCUGCUGCAAUUUGAUGUUCAAUGUUAUCUAGUAUAUGCUACUCCAAAUUUUCAGGGAAAUUUUGUUAAAUAUGCAUGACUGUACUUGACUAAGGUUGAAAGUGUAUAUGUGUGUGCUGAAGCAUGACUAAUAUUUAGGCCUGGAAAGGAAAUGAUUUGGUUUGUGAGGAGAGGAUUUGGAUUUUUCAUGUGAGGUUGAGAGCUUUUCUGCUAGUACCGAACAAUGUGGGCCUCCUAUUUUAGGUUGUGUAUAAUUUUCUUCAAGAUCAUGAUCACAUUAUUCAAAACACAUGUUGGUUUGGUUAUAGAUCUGCCAUUUUCUCA